CACAGAGCCGGUGCCUGGAAGCGUGAGCUGAGAGGGAAGCUGCGAGUUAUUAGUAUUCAUCUGCAGUUAUAGUUUAUGUUGUUGACUGUGAGGAGGGUUUCGGAUAAAUGUAGCUACUAAUGCGCGUUUUGACACGACAAUGAGUUCACUGUGCUAAGUAUGUGACUUAGUCACAUCCCUCUGUGUUGGCCUCUUACCAAGUCAGUCAGCAGAAAGAGGAGCUCUGCAGUCGUCAGCUGGUGCCGGGAAAAAGUCCUUCCAAUGUCUUUAGUAGAGGAUAUUCUGGAUGUGCUGCGCAUGGUCCUGGAGUACUUUGGAGUGCCUCCAGACAUGCUGGUUCCUGUGUGGGACAGUCAGCUGUGCGGUCAGUAUCGCAGCAUUGUGCGGAUGAUAGGGACAAAUCUCCCACUGACACCAACACCACGUGUCCAUUUUCAGAUCCCUCUGCUCACCUACAAACCCUACGGAUAUGUCGACAUCACCGCGGACACACCAGCCAUCCCUUCAUUCGCUGACGUCCUGUGGGUGUUUGAGGAUGAGGGGGAGAGCUUUGCCAAGACAAGGAACCAUUUACCUCCAAAGAAGCCAAGUACGGUAAAUCGAGAAGUGGUGAGAUACCCAGGUCUGGCCCCAAAACAAGCCCAGAGAGGAGGCAGACCUAUAAGACAAACAACUGAUCCAGAUGCCCUGAAGAAGAUCACAGCUCUGGAGAGUGAGCUGCUCAACCUACGAGCCCAGAUAGCCAUGAUCGUUACUGCUGCUCCAGCCUCAGGUCUGACUGAGUGUCAGAAUACCCCAGGCACACCUUUGAGGUCUCCUCACCCUCCACCAGCGCUCACCUCCACACCUCACAGUGCUGCUCCUCCACCUCCACCUCCUCCUCCUCUUCCUCCUCCUGCUCCCUGCUCUGGCUCCUCCACUGAGACUUUGUCUGUAUUAGAGGUGAUCCGCCAGCGCAGGAAGAAUGGGAAAGACCUUGAUAAGGGUCAGCUCAAGCUCCAGGGUUCAAGCCUCAGUGAGGGGUCAGACGUUAAAGGGAUGCCCUCCAUGCUGGAGGUUCUCAAGGACUUAAAUCAAGUUAAAUUGCGCUCUGUGCAGAGAUCACCAGGGGGAACACCAGUCGGGAGGAGACGCAGUAAGGGAGGAGCAGCGUUGCUUAAUGACCCAGCGGCUCUUAUUGCAGAAGCACUAAAGAGAAAGUUCGCCCAGCACCGCCACAACAAUUCCUCUGACAAAGAGAAUUCACUGGAACUCUCACCUUUCGGCAGUCCAGAUUCACCUAAGGUUCCUCACCACACCAGGCGCAGUCAGGGACGCCGCCACCUUUUAUCCCAUUAAAUGAUGACUCCUCACCCCUAAAGGCCAUUCACAGCUCCCACAGAUGUGCCUCACAAAUGGAUUACUACUGCAGCUAUUCACAUUUCAUUUUUGUCUGUCUAAUCUUUUGUUCUUCUAAAAGUGUUUGUCUCACAGUGAACAAAGUGCUUGAUACUGUUAAGUUUUUCUUUGGGAUGUUUGAAUGUAUAUUUUUGUUAAAGAUAAUGCUGUAAACAAGGAUUUUGGUACGGCCGGUUUUGUUUUUGUAAAUUGGUGUCUUCUGUUUUCAGUGUUAUUCAUUGUGAUGUGUUUGUGUGCAGAACUCCUUUUUUUUAAAGUAGAUAAUGUAUUUAAGUAGGUCUGCACUGUAGCUUGUAGCUACUUGCCUUCAUGUUUCUAAAAUCACUUUGUGAGGCUUUGAUUCUUACCUCAAUCAAGUGAAAUGAACAAAAAUGUGUUUUGAGAUUCACAUAGCUCUAUUCUAUGCAACGGCUGUUUCAGGUUGUUUUAUUUUAUUAAAGUGUUCAAGUGCACUGAC